GUCUCUCAUUGCCUGAUGACGUCACGGGGCUUUAAAGCGCGUGGCCGCGGUUCCCGCUUCAUUCGCAUCCUUCUCCCUCUAACGACUCGAGCGCCAAGAAAGCUGAAGAUGAUCCAGAAGUACGGCGCGGUCCUGGCGGUUCUGGUCCUGGCGGUCCACGUCUCCCUGCUGGUGACCCAGGUUCAGGCCAGCAGCGGCAGCAGCAGCAGCAGCAGUAGCAGCAGCAGCAGCAGCAACAACAACUCCGCGAACUCCAGCGCCGUGUCCACCAUGGGGGGAUCGAGCUGCUCCACCCUGCUGCUGACGCCCCUGGCUGUGCUGGCCCCCCUGCUGUAUAGCUGGUUCCAGUAGCUGGACGGGUUCUGUGGUUCUUCUGCGCUCUGCUGGACCCGCGGUUGUAUGUGGACUUGUUCGUGGCUGUGUUUGCUGAGGAACUGGUUCCAACAGGAGCACUACCGGAGCAGGUCCGGCUCUGUAGACCAGGUCCACGGGACCGACUGGAUCUGUAAUCACUGGUGUCUGUGGGGGGAUUGGAUCUGAUCUGUAGGAACUCUGCUGUAGUCUUUUUUUUUUUUUUUAAAACCUGAAUAAAGAUGUUUAACGUUUCA